AGGGCUAUUUAAAGAGGCCCUCCGGCCGGGAGCCGUGGUUCUGGGUGCCUGCACGUCUCCUCCCUCAUUACACCAUGGCGGACGCCUUUGUCGGCACCUGGAAGCUAGUGGACAGCAAGAAUUUUGAUGACUUCAUGAAGUCACUCGGUGUGGGCUUUGCCACCAGACAGGUGGCUAACAUGACCAAGCCUACCACAAUCAUCGAGAAGAAUGGGGACACUUUGGUCAUAAAGACACACAGCACCUUCAAGAACACAGAGAUCAGCUUCCAGCUAGGAGUGGAGUUCGAUGAGGUGACGGCAGAUGACAGGAAGGUCAAGUCAACCGUGACACUGGAUGGAGGCAAACUUGUCCAUGUGCAGAAGUGGGAUGGGCAGGAGUCUACGCUUGUACGGGAGCUAUGUGACGGCAAACUCAUCCUGACACUCACCCAUGGCAAUGUAGUGAGUACCCGAACUUACGAGAAGGAGGCAUGAGGCCGCUACGCUGUCACAGACUGUUCCUCUGCCAGCUGGCUACCCCUCGACUAAGCACCAGGUUGCCUCAUUUUUUUUCCUCUGGUGUUUUGUAUAAAUACACAUUGGUUGGGAUUUUUCUGGAGAUCAGGGCACCAGCCUGGAUUCCAGUUCCCAUUGUGUAUGUGGUUUAUUUUUUAAAACUGUACCCAAAGGGUGCUCCGAGGUCAAUAAAGCAGAGCCAAGGCC